UAUAGCUGGAGCCUUUUCAUUACCUAAUAUACUUUGCGAGCGGAAUUGCAAUUUGAUAUUCUCGCUCAACCUGUGGUUUGUUCGCGCUCAAAUUUUACACAGAGGAUGGAUUUCGCGGUGGGUCUAGUACUUGUGCGCUCUACCGAGAUGGAAUUGAAGUCCGCGCCGUCCGCGGUGCGUCGCAAAGCCGGAUUGGUGCAGAAAAGAAUAAAAUGACUGCCUCAGUUAAGGAAAUGGUUUUUUUUUUUCUUGCGUAGUGCGUGCGCCCGAGCAGCGCCUCCGGCCCGAGCCUAUCGCCCGCACGGCGAAACCGCUCCACAUUCCACGAUUUCGUCGUUCCCGCGGUUCCCUUUCGCCGUGGAACUAUAUGCCUUUCGCCUUCCUCGCGCAGAUGGCGUCACCGCUUCUUGAAUAUUGCUCUAUUUUUAGUACUCCCUUCUAAGCGUACUUCUAAAUAAUAACCCACUGCCACGAAAUGCAGCCCAUGCAGCUCCCGAGCGAAAUAUGAGCGGAAAAUAACCGUCGACCCAGCCGGAAACGCCGUUCAGAUCGGAUAUCCCGUGAUCCCUGUUUGCGCGCUGCCUGCGCGCGCCGCCGCGGGCAACCGGUGCUGCUACGGCGAGCGCGACAACGCAGGCAAGCGUGCGUUCGAAUGGUGCUGCGCGUCGUGUGGCUUCCCCCGCUGCCUCUGCUGAUCUCGGCGCUAACGGAAUUGGGAACGGCGAAGCUGCACAAGGCGACGGCUCCUCGGACGGCGCGUUUGAGUUCUGUGUCGCGAUUGUCGGCUGGUCGUCCCGCCGUGUACCGAUGGCGACUCUAGAGGACCGCAUCUUGGGCGAGAAGCUCCAGUACUACUGCAGCAGCAGCAGCGAAGACGAAGAUGAGCCGGCGGAAAACGACGGCUCCCCGACGCACGUGCCCGCUGCGGCACCGCCGCCGCCGCCGCCCGAGAUCAAGCAGCGGGAGGGAUGCUCCGUCAACACGGGACCCAAAGGUGUGCUGAAGGACUGGCAGCGCUAUCAGCAGCUGCAGAACGAGCGGCGAGAGGAACAGGAACGGGAGCGGCUGCAGCUCAUCAAGAAGCUGUCACUCACCUGCCGCUCCGAGCUUGAUGCUGAGAAGUCAAAGUCAAAGAAGGAAGAGGAAGUGCCACAGGAAGAGGACGACGACUUCCUGCGCGAGUACAUGCGCAAACGGAUGGAGGAGAUGAUGGCCGAGAUAAAUGCCAGGCCGAAGUUUGGCCACUUAGUUCGUCUCGAGAACGGCCAAGCAUUCCUGGAUGCUGUGGACCGGGAAAAGUCUGGCGUCACCGUCAUCGUGCACAUUUAUGCUCAGGGCAUGCCCGGCUGCGAAGCAAUGAACGGCUGCCUGCAGUGCCUGGCGGAAGAGUACCCGCAGGUCAAGUUCUGCACUGUCGAGGCCUCUGCGGCCGGCAUGAGCCGGCAUUUCGAGCGCAAAGGAGUGCCGGCACUGUUGGUGUACAAGAACGGAGGUCUGAUUGGCAACUUUGUACGCCUCACAGACGAGUUCGGCGAUGACUUCUUCGCCGUGGACGUAGAGUCGUUCCUUGUUGAGCAUGGCUUCCUUCCUGACCAGAGCUUGCGGCUUGCAGAGCGAAAUCAGCCCUCCAGCAACGCCGAUGACGACGACGACGAUGACCACUGAUGCAGAAGGGUUGAAAAUUGUACUUGUUGGCACAUAACGAGAAUACUUGGGUGCCGCACGAGAAAACUGGACUGCACCCUGUGUUGUCCAUUCUUCUCCAGUAUGUUCGCGCUGUUUCCCAAGUAUCACCGGCCCCGUCGUCACCUGAAGACUGUUUCCAUUUGCUGUUCACAGCAGGCAGGUGGCAGGUUAUUUAACUUAUCUGCAGUUGUGGCGGCACUGAGGCGGCCAGAGAAGCAUCGGCAGUACGUCAAGACCAGACUGGCUGCAGCGCAGAGCUACAUUUGUAUUCAUGGGAUGCAUCUGCGGAUCAAGCGAACAACAACGCAAAGCAAGUGCCCAUGCCCGGCUGCCGUGGCAACCACGUACCGCACCUGUUUGAGUACUUGUUGCUACAGGAAUGGUCUCCCGCUGUUUCCCGGUGUAUUGUACGCGUAACAUUGUAACGUUACGUGUACAGAUGUGUUCGGCAUGUCUUUAUUGUACAGCAAUAUGGGUGGUGGCUGCCUUGGCCCCCCAUUCCAUUUCUGUGGUGUAAGGCUAACUUUACUGGUGACGAAGUAUACAAGAAGGUACUCGGCAAAGUUCCUCAAGUUUUCGCUCCUUGAAAGUGGUUCUAGUGCUGCCACGCGGCUGUACUUGUAACUCAAAAAGUAUUCAUCAUAAUGCAUAGUAGCUGCUUUAAAACUGUCACUGCCAAUCAUUAUUCACAAAAACUUCAUUGGAUCCUGUAAGCAUAGCUGAUUUGCCCUUUAAAAAAAAUUGGUGAUAGUGUAGCUGGCGCUAAAGGUAGAUCGCUUGCCUUUCUGGACAGAAUAGAAAUGGCAGCAUGAAAAUAAAAGUAAACAAGAGAAGCUCCAUUCUGUCAUUCGUGCCAGGUUUUUCAUAUCAUGCAACAACAUUACGGGGUACCUGAAUUGGGACCACUGAAGCUAUGUGUGGCUUUGUAAGCCUUCACCUUUUUGAACUUCAAAGCAGCAAGCCAGGCUCGACCAUUCUCAUCCAGUUGGUUAGCACAAAAGCCGCCUUGUGUUCUAAGCCAGAAAAAAAAUUGGCUUGCUUCUUUUGGUAAGCAUGUUGUUGAAGUGAAAGGGUCAGAGGCAAUGUCAUACGGAGGGUGGGUUCAAACACUCAAAAAUUCUUUGUUCACUAUCAGCCGUACAACUCGGGUCAGUCAUGCAGACUGAACAGCUGGCUUGUGCCCAGACGAUGGUGGGUGAACAAAGCAACCGUGUGGGUUCCAGAACACCAGUCAGCUACAUCCCCCCCCCCUCGCUGUGGCAAGCCUACUUUUCUUCUGCAUUUCAGUUCGUGACUGCAUUUAAAUUUCCAUUGCAGCACUCAACAAGACCAACUGUUAUUUUAUUAUUUAGUCGGCUGGGUAUGUGCGAUGUUUUUCUUUAGUACUUCUGUACUAGUACUUGUAUAAGUUAUGCUUUGUAGCUGUAAGGAAAAAGCUUUGCACUUCCCUUUGUUGGCUAGCAAUUUUGUUCUGGUGCGGAGCAUUGAAGCAUUAUUAAACUAGCCUGAGCUCUUCAAGUGACUCGGGUGGUAGAGCUGUAAACUCUGGCUGGCUGCAAGAAUGCAAUCAGCUAUAUUAGUUGUGCUAUUACAUCACUUAAAUACAAUAUGAGCUGUACUUAUCUCACCCAUUAUGUGUCACUGUUUUGUACUUAUACGGGUUUUUACUUUGCACCCUAACAUUGGUCGUGGUCUGUGGCUGGCAAAGGCAUCAGUAUUGAAGCCUUGAGAAGGAAAAGCUUGGUAAUGCUGAGUAUCGGUGGUUUGUGGGAGGCAGACGGUUGCUUAUCACCACGUUUACCUGAUUCUGACAGUCCCCUAAAUGUAACGCACGCACAGUUUUUUUAUGAUUUCAUUGGAAGAAAAUGAUGUACACUCAAAUAUAAUGCACUCGUGGUUUUAUAACAAAAGAGUCGCAUGGCUCCGAUUUUUGCAAUCGGACAAGGAUAAGGCCACCUUUACAGAGACAGCUCUGUUAUCUCAUGUUUAUGGACCACAACAUGUGGUCCUCUGUGCGAUUUGAUGCAUUUGAUGGUCCACAUUUCUUGAACGACUCUGCAGCAAUCACGAAUGGGAUGGUGGCCCACUCCAGAACUACUUUACUACUGUGGAAUGCCAAGAAGGCAAAAACACAUAGAUUGAUAACUGCAACCUUAGCAUGUAAAUGAACAUUUUAAAAGGAGCUUUUGUAAUGAAAGCAUCACACCAGUAUUGUCAACCUGCUUGAAAACUUUUGUCGCCAUCUUUCAAUGACAAUGGCAAUGAUGCUGGCUUUGAUGGUAGCCAACAGCGUGAAUGUGGUUUCUGUUUUGUCUCUGAUUGUAAUGCACAAGCAGUUUUCAGACCCAUUUUUCUCGGAAAACAAAGAUGAUUGUUAGAAUUGGGUGAAUGUGGUAUUUCUGUCUAGUGUCUCUUUAAAGCUGCACGGAGCACGUUUCCUUGUCAUGUAUCUUUGGCUCUAAUAUGUGCAGAUAUGAGUUGCUGAAUGGCUCGUGAAACGAGCCAGUAAUGCUCCUACAGUGCAAAGGGCCCAAUGUGACCUGGAUGACAUGUCAGCAUGCACGAUGCAUGUGACUGCUACAAAAUGGUGAAAGAGAUUCAAGGAAGCUAUGAAAUGAUUGUGAGGGUGAGACUUGUUGACGAUGUGGGGCAUGUCAACUUGUAAUGUAUUUCUUUGUCUUAGUUUGCACGCUGUAAUUAUUUGUUCGCUUCCAUCUUGGGCUGCCAGGCUUACAUAUGAGGCCUGAAAGCACAUAUACUGUUAAGCAGGCUCGUAUUUGUUGAUCAUUGUAUAAAAAAACACACUGUGUGAAAGGUACUUUUGCACCCUUCUGUGCGGUGGUCCGAAAGUAAUAAAUGUAAAAGAAACUUUUCAUGAGAGUCGUAUAGAGCGUACCAAAAUACCAUUUUCACAGAAAUGCUUAAAAACAUGAUUUAUUUAUAACAAAAGAAAUUAUAUUCUGAUUAAUUUCAUUUUAUCACAAACUGCACUUUUGGCCACAACAGCGUUGCCACUCUGUGAGAAAUCUAACUACAAAUGCAAGAUUUUUUUUUAUUAUUGAAAAAGAAUGCAUGCUUUUUUGUACAUUUCUGUGAAAAGUGCAUCUUACUACAUCCUAUACUUUUCAAAUUAUUCAAUUUUGAGAACUACUGUUACUUCGGAUCAUAAUGUCCAUGGUGAGUGUGCCUCUUUAAUUAUGUGACCUUCUCCGCUACACGAAUUCGACAGUGUUCACAUCACGUCAAGUAGUCGCGAGUGCAUAGGAUGCAGGAAAGCUUUCAUUAUUUACUGAAUCUGAAUUAGACUAUACUGAACAAAAAAUAAGUGCAAAUGGGCAUAGCACAUCGGGAUCCCUAGCUUGAUGAUAUCAUAACGUUGUAGGUUGGAAGGCAGGGCCACACAAUCGCAAACCGAUGCGAGUUUUGCGGACAAAAACUACUACAACUAAAAUUUGUACAUCAGUGUUUGUUAGCAUGGCAAUAUCUAAUUAGGUGUAGCAAAGAGACUGCAGUGAAUGCUGGGUUUUUAUUUUCUGAUAGAAUCUUUUCAAGCGACCUUGCCAGAGGUAGCAAGUUUUCUUUGUUUUUCAACGCACAGAGCUUCAUUUUGGCGUGAGAAACUUAAUUCUGAUCCCAUAAUUCUGGUGUCCCACCUUGUUAUGUGAGCUGUGGGUGGCUUUCGUGAAUGUCACUCAGGUUUUUCAUAAUUGGUCGCAAUACAACGCUUCAUUUCUGGUCAACUUGAGCUGUGCAUUUCAGUUUUAGUCUAAUGUCCUGAAUUAGGUGCAAGUGAUGUAGUAACCCUUUCUGUGUUAUGUAGCACUGGGUUCUUAUUUGCUUAGCCAAAUUUUAGAGCACAGCUCUCAGGUGGCCGUUCCUGCUUUGAUCGUCAGCGUAACUGGCAGAACGAAUGAGCACGCCAAAGGAUGAAAAAAAAGAGUGGUCAUGGAGCGCGGUGGAGGACCAGAGGUGGCAAUGACGAAGAAAGCACGAGGAGGAGGGUACAGCAGAAGCAUGAGAAGGAAAAUGGAGGAGGAGAGUAGGGUGAAAGAGAGAUGAAGAAAGCGGAGUGCCGCAUGGGACGUGUUCCAUGCUGACAACGUCAUCACUAACUUGUGUGGCAAGCGCGCCCAUCUAUACAAAGUGCUGGUGUGGGCGUCGGACCCACCACCCAUGCGCUGCUUGCACUGCCGCUGCUAGAGAAUGCGUUCUGUGUGAGCCAUGCAUACCUGGAUCCACGCUUUCUUUCUGAACAAUGAGCAACGCAAUCGGUAGAAAUGCUUCAUCUGCCGCUGCUGCUAAGCACGCUGUUCGAGCAGAGGCUCAGAGUCGCUGCCGAGUGGUCCUUGCUGUUCAUAUUCAAAUUCUUUGUCUCAAUAUAUCGUGAAUUCAGAACACCUAAACAGCUGUACUCAAAUUUCGCGUUAGGGGGAGUAUCAUAAUCGUCGGUGAAUUUCCUUCUUUGUGUUGUGUGAAAGUUUGUGAUUUUGUUAUUUUUACGCACGUUAGCGUUGCAUGUUCAGUUUUUUUAUAACAUUCUGUAUGUGCGCGUUGGUGCUUGCACAGUGCCAGAACUGUAUCAGAUGGCAGGGCUCUUGAAAGUCUAGAAAUAAUGCAGUUUUAUGUAUCACCUUUUAUGGAACAUACAACUAUUACGAGGCUAAUUUCUUCCUCAAUUGCACAUGAUCAUAUGCUGCUAGGUGAGGCAGCCGUCUUCGUGGAAUCUGGAUUGCGACUGAUGAAGCAGAAUGCAAAUCAUUGUUACAUGAAUGCACGUAUUAUGUUACAAAACCUGCAUGAAUGCCCGACUGUGCAAGGAGAAGAAAACAACAGUCAGCAAGCAGCGUAUAAACUUACGUAAGAGCUGCUACCCCAUCUGGGCAGCCCAAAAUCUGGAGAAAAAAUAUUCCAACGGGAAGGUAAUCGCGUUCCGUGGCCCUUUGCUGCGCAUGUGCAUCGGCGAAUUUUCCUGCGCCGCGUACUUCGGCGUGUCGCUACUAGACAGCCAGAGCUGCACGUUGACCUCUGAUGCAGUGGCUCAUCUGGGGAUUGUGAAAAUUGUCAAAAUUGUGAAAAAGAAAAGAAAGAAAGUGCGGCCCUUACUGUGAGAGCAUACCUGCACAGUAUGAAAGCCUGUCUUUCACACCUUCUUUUGCCUAGCAUGCUGUUUACUUUGAAGCUGUCUCCAAACAAAAAGGCCAUGUCCCUUCACCAGAAUGGUCCUUCGUGUGAAGGAAUGUCGCAUUUUAGCUAUUCGUGCAUGCGCGUGCAUCAAACUUAGUACAUUUAUGCAAUUAUUUAUGCUGAGAAACCACAAGUUGAUUUUAAUCAGUUGGUACCAUCGUACUGUGCCCCUGAAUUUAAAGAAGUAGCAAAAAUAAUUUGUGCAUUACAUUUUUUCAGGUUCCUCAUUAUACCAUAUUCUGUGGAGUAAUUGUUUCAAUGACCAUUCAGCCAAAGAAUUAAAAGUGAAGCUUUUUGACAUGUAAAUCCUCCUUUUGGAAAGCGUACGAGAAAAAACGUAAUUUUGGCAAAAACAGUUGGCUUUAUCACACUGUCUCAGUCUCUUGUUCCUGCAUGUGACAUAACUGCAGAAAAUAUGCAAAACUGCGGUAAACUGGCAGAUUUCUCUAAAUAUUAAAACUGAUAUUAUGUACUGCUUCUGUAAGCUUGCACCUCUGUCAAACUUAAAUGCUUUUGUCAAAGCUGGCUUCGCAUUCAUUAUUCGGCCUUACCAACACAUUGGGAAACACCAUUAUGAAUAAAUAACAAAAUGCAUAAUCUGAAGUCAAGUUCGAGCAUCGAAUUUUUAGACCAGUGACCAACAGAUAGGCGUGCUGCUUCGUAAUUCUAAAGCUAGCUUUCCUGCAAGACAGUUUGCCAGGUAAAUGGCAUAGUCUGUUUUGCAGUGUGCAAUUAGGUACAUGGUUUUGUGCCUUUUGUGGGAUGAAAAAUGUAAAGAUGGUUGUCAUGAAAAUUCCAUAGGUUACGAGCAUGUGGAACUUCCAUUUCAUCUUACUUGAGCGACGAACUGCUUAUACCAUCAGUCACACAAAAAUGUACAAUGCAGAGAAACACUCCUGUAAAUUAAGAAACAGGCUUUAUUAACAAACCUUUUCGUUAGUAAGAGUGGUUAGCGGUUGGCUGGCCGCAUUAGCCAAUAAUAUGCCCAAUAUUCUGGUAGGCUGGAACCU